GGAGCGAAAGGUGCGGAGGCGGCCUGCAGGGGUGGCUCGGCUUCCCGUUGCCGCCUCGGGCGCUGUACCCAGAGCUGGGAGAGGAGCAGCGCGGCCGCGCGGGCCGGGCAAGGCUGGGCCGAACUCGGGGCUCCCGGGGGGCGCCAUGCGGGGAGGCAGGGGCGCCCCUUUGUGGCCGUGGCCGGUGCCCAAGCUGGCGCUGCUGCCUCUGUUGUGGGUGCUUUUCCAGCGGACGCGUCCCCAGGGUGAGUGCUGGAGGAAGCUCGUGUCCCGGGCGCUGCCGCUGCGCUCCCCGCGAAGGCGCCAAUGCUCCAGGAUAAGCCACGCGUUUGCAGAGCGAACGGUAGAGGCAGCGCCGGGCCACUGCAGUGCUACGGAGUUGGACCCUUGGGCGACUUGAACUGCUCGUGGGAGCCUCUUGGGGACCUGGGAGCCCCCUCCGAGUUACACCUCCAGAGCCAAAAGUACCGUUCCAACAAAACCCAGACUGUGGCAGUGGCAGCCGGACGGAGCUGGGUGGCCAUUCCUCGGGAACAGCUCACCAUGUCUGACAAACUCCUUGUCUGGGGCACUAAGGCAGGCCAGCCUCUCUGGCCCCCCGUCUUCGUGAACCUAGAAACCCAAAUGAAGCCAAACGCCCCCUGGCUGGGCCCUGACGUGGACUUUUCCGAGGAUGACCCCCUGGAGGCCACUGUCCAUUGGGCCCCACCUACGUGGCCGUCUCAUAAAGUUCUGAUCUGCCAGUUCCACUACCGAAGAUGUCAGGAGGCGGCCUGGACCCUGCUGGAACCGGAGCUGAAGACCAUACCCCUGGCCCCUGUUGAGAUCCAAGAUUUGGAGCUAGCCACUGGCUACAAAGUGUAUGGCCGCUGCCGGAUGGAGAAAGAAGAGGAUUUGUGGGGCGAGUGGAGCCCCAUUUUGUCCUUCCAGACACCGCCUUCUGCUCCAAAAGAUGUGUGGGUAUCAGGGAACCUCUGUGGGACGCCUGGAGGAGAGGAACCUUUGCUUCUAUGGAAGGCCCCAGGGCCCUGUGUGCAGGUGAGCUACAAAGUCUGGUUCUGGGUUGGAGGUCAUGAGCUGAGUCCAGAAGGAAUUACCUGCUGCUGCUCACUAAUUCCCAGUGGGUCGGAGUGGGCCAGGGUGUCCGCUGUCAACGCCACAAGCUGGGAGCCUCUCACCAACCUCUCUUUGGUCUGCUUGGAUUCAGCCUCUGCCCCCCGUAGCGUGGCAGUCAGCAGCAUCGCUGGGAGCACGGAGCUACUGGUGACCUGGCGACCGGGGCCUGGGGAGCCACUGGAGCAUGUAGUGGACUGGGCUCGAGAUGGGGACCCCCUGGAGAAACUCAACUGGGUCCGGCUUCCCCCUGGGAACCUCAGUGCUCUGUUACCAGGGAAUUUCACUGUUGGGGUCCCCUAUCGAAUCACUGUGACCGCAGUCUCUGCUUCAGGCUUGGCCUCUGCACCCUCCAUCUGGGGGUUCAGGGAGGAAUUAGCACCCCUAGUGGGGCCAACGCUUUGGCGACUCCAAGAUGCCCCUCCAGGGACCCCCGCUGUAGCGUGGGGAGAGGUCCCAAGGCACCAGCUUCGAGGCCACCUCACCCACUACACCUUGUGUACACAGAGUGGAACCAGCCCCUCCGUCUGCAUGAAUGUGAGUGGCAACACACAGAGUGUCACCCUGCCUGACCUUCCUUGGGGUCCCUGUGAGCUGUGGGUGACAGCAUCUACCAUCGCUGGACAGGGCCCUCCUGGUCCCAUCCUCCGGCUUCAUCUACCAGAUAACACCCUGAGGUGGAAAGUUCUGCCGGGCAUCCUAUUGUUGUGGGGCUUGUUCCUGUUGGGGUGUGGCCUGAGCCUGGCCACCUCUGGAAGGUGCUACCACCUAAGGCACAAAGUGCUGCCCCGCUGGGUCUGGGAGAAAGUUCCUGAUCCUGCCAACAGCAGUUCAGGCCAGCCCCACAUGGAGCAAGUGCCUGAGGCCCAGCCCCUUGGGGACUUGCCCAUCCUGGAAGUAGAGGAGAUGGAGCCCCCGCCGGUUAUGGAGUCCUCCCAGCCCCCCCAGGCCACCGCCCCUCUUGACUCUGGGUAUGAGAAGCACUUCCUGCCCACACCUGAGGAGCUGGGCCUUCUGGGGCCCCCCAGGCCACAGGUUCUGGCCUGAACCACACGUCUGGCUGGGGGCUGCCAGCCAGGCCAGAGGAAUGCUCAUGCAGGUUGCACCCCAGUCCUGGAUUAGCCCUCUUGAUGGAUGAAGACACUGAGGACUCAGAGAGGCUGAGUCACUUGCCUGAGGACACCCAGCCAGGCAGAGCUGGGAUUGAAGGACCCCUAUAGAGAAGGGCUUGGCCCCCAUGGGGAAGACAUGGAUGGAAGGUGGAGCAAAGGAAAAUACAUGAAAUUGAGAGUGGCAGCUGCCUGCCAAAAUCUGUUCCGCUGUAACAGAACUGCAUUUGGACCCCAGCACAGUGGCUCACGCCUGUAAUCCCAGCACUUUGGCAGGCCAAGGUGGAAGGAUCACUUAGAGCUAGGAGUUUGAGACCAGCCUGGGCAAUAUAGCAAGACCCCUCACUACAAAAAUAAAACAUCAAAAACAAAAACAAUUAGCUGGGCAUGAUGGCACACACCUGUAGUCCGAGCCACUUGGGAGGCUGAGGUGGGAUGAUCGGUUGAGCCCAGGAGUUCGAAGCUGCAGGGACCUCUGAUUGCACCACUGCACUCCAGGCUGGGUGACAGAAUGAGACCUUAUCUCAAAAAUAAACAAACUAAUAAAAAGCAAAAAAAAAAAAAAAAGAAGAAGAAGAAAAAACACUGCAUUUGGGCACCAUCUCAGCUCCCUUGCAGCCAGGUGCAGCAUGGACUGAGUUCUUGACAACAGAAUGUGGUCAGAAGUGACAUAUGCCAACACGGGGUCUGGGUGGGGGCUCCCCCACAUCCUUUCCUUGCCUAUGAGCUGGAACAUAACACAUGCCUAUGAUCCAGCUUUGGUCAUACCCAAGGGGAAGGUGGAGCAAGAAAUGAAAAGGAACCUGAAUCCCUGAAUGACUGCAUGGAUAGAACCACUAAGAAAAAUAAACUUUUAUAUUUUUAUAGCUA